AUGGAAGGAUCCCUGGCUUUACUAACUGAUUUUGCGGGACAACCCCUAGAAUCAUGGAUUUCUGAUAACGGUAAUAUAGAUGAUUAUACAAUUUUUCACAUAAUUCUGGAUCUAUUAUCGUGCUUGGAGAAGAUACAUUCCCAUGGUUACACGCAUGGAGAUGUGGCCAUACGAAACGUUAUACAAAGAAAUGGCCAUUUCUAUCUUAUUGAUUUUGGCCUUGCAACUCCGUUGCAACUUCACUCCGAUCCAUGUCGAUCAAUUAUUCAGGACUACGACGGAUUGUGUCAAAUCAUUGGAUUUAUCAAGUUUGGAGAGAAAAUGUCGUUUUCAGAAUUAAUAGGCAAGUUAGAGGGAGAGCUAAAAUCACUUGUUGCGUUUGUUGAGAAUGCGAGUAGGUGGAAAAUAACUGAUGAAGGGAAGUGGUUAGAAAAAUUUAGUGCUAUAGUUAAACAAUUUUAUGAGAGAUCGUCUAGGAAGGCAUUGUUAGAAAUAACAGAAAAUACUAAUAUUUUGUAA